UUCUCUGUUAAUUCAAUGUUGGUACAAAGCGAACUUGCUAGUUCAUACAAAAUCACCAUUCUCUUUUUAUUUAGCUUUUAUCGAAUAUGACAAGGAUGGGAACAAACAGUGCAACUACAUGUGCUCAAUGAGGUCUCACGUCAGCGAUGGCUGUAGUGUCGUGGAAGGAGAUCUGUCUUCUCACUGGACUGGUGGUGGGAUGCUACUGGAACAGCUUGUUCUGUGGUUUCGUGUUCGAUGAUGUCUCGGCCAUCUUGGACAACAAAGACCUUCGUCCCACAACGCCUCUGAAGAACCUCUUCCUCAAUGACUUCUGGGGCACACCCAUGUCAGAGGAGAGGAGCCAUAAGUCCUACCGACCGCUUACUGUUCUCACCUUCCGCCUCAAUUACCUGUUCAGUGAGCUGAGCUCCUCAUCCUACCACCUUCUGAAUGUGGGUCUUCACGUCGUGGUGUGCGUCUUCUUCCUUCACUUCUGUCGCUUGCUCCUGGACCGAAGCACCGGCCUCAUAGCAGCUCUUUUGUUUGCCGUUCACCCCAUCCACACAGAGGCUGUGACGGGUGUCGUCGGCAGGGCCGAGUUGCUGUCCUCCAUCUUCUUAUUGGCAGCUUUCCUGGCAUACACCAAAUCAAAAGGCGCCGACCACUCCAUCGUGUGGACUCCCAUCAUCCUAACCGUGUUCCUGGUUGCUGUUGCCACGCUAUGCAAGGAGCAAGGCAUUACUGUCAUUGGGAUAUGCUGCAUUUACGAAGUGUUCGUCGCCCAAGGGUUCACGCUUCCCAUGCUAAUAGACACCAUACUUCAGGUGUUAAGAGGAAAAGACAGUUUCCCCUACGCUGUCCUCCAGAUUCUUCUGAAGCUCAUUGUCCUGAUCAUCAGCACACUUCUGGUGGUCAUCAUAAGGGUGCAGGUCAUUCAGUCUCAGCUGCCAGUGUUUACCAGGUUUGAUAAUCCAGCCGCCGUCAGCUCCACCCCGACCCGGCAGAUGACCUUUAACUACCUCCUGCCAGUAAACGCCUGGCUGCUGCUUAACCCCUCUGAACUGUGUUGUGAUUGGACAAUGGGCACUAUCCCCCUGGUCGAGUCCCUGCUGGAUCCCCGUAACCUGGCGACGCUGGUAUUUUACGUCUUGUUGAGCCUUCUGGCCUAUCACAGCCUUUGGCACGGCCAUAGUUCUGCUAAGAUUGUCAUAAUGGCACUCUCUCUCAUCGCUCUUCCAUUCAUCCCUGCAUCCAACCUGUUUUUCCCUGUGGGCUUUGUUGUGGCUGAAAGGGUCCUUUACGUUCCAAGCAUGGGGUUUUGUGUUUUGGUGGCACAUGGAUUUAAAAUCUUGUCCCGAAAAGGGGGUCUAAAGAAAAUGUCUUGGUUGCUCGUGGGAGUUCUUCUGACAACGCACGCCGUGAAGACUUUUAACAGAAACUGGGACUGGGAGUCAGAAUACACGCUUUUUACAUCUGCACUUAAAGUCAACCGAAACAAUGCCAAAUUGUGGAAUAACGUCGGACACGCUUUGGAGAAUCAAAACAAUUACGAGAGAGCUUUGAGAUACUUUCUUCAGGCCACAAGAGUACAACCAGAUGACAUUGGGGCGCACAUGAACGUCGGAAGAACCUACAAGAACCUAAACAGGUCCAAGGAAGCAGAAGAGGCAUAUCUAACUGCGAAAUCGCUGAUGCCACAGAUCAUUCCGGGGAAGAAGUAUGCAACCCGCGUGGCUCCCAACCACUUGAACGUCUACAUCAACCUGGCCAACCUGAUUCGGGCAAAUGAUUCCCGUCUGGAGGAAGCUGACCAACUGUAUAGGCAAGCGAUCAGCAUGAGACCUGACUUCAAGCAAGCCUACAUCAGCCGAGGGGAGCUUCUGUUGAAAAUGAACAAGCCCAGCGAGGCGAAGGACGCCUACCUGCGAGCACUGGAGCUGGACCACAACAACGCAGACCUCUGGUACAACCUGGCCAUAGUCAAUAUAGAGAUGAAGGAUCCCUCGGAAGCUCUCAGAAACUUUAACCGUGCGCUGGAUCUGAACCCACGUCACAAGCUGGCUCUCUUCAACUCUGCACUUCUCAUGCAAGAGUCAGGUGAAGCAAAAUUGCGCCCGGAAGCUAACCGUCGCUUCCUCUCCUAUGUGGAGGAGGAGCCGGACGAUGCUAACGGCUACUUCAACCUGGGCAUGCUAGGGAUGGAUGCUAACGAGAACGAAGAGGCCGAGCGCUGGAUGCGAGAGGCCAUCCGGCUGCAGCCAGGUUUUCGCAGUGCUUUGUUUAACCUGGCGUUGCUCUAUUCCCAGUCGCAACGUGAACUGGACGCUCUCCCGGUGCUGGAUGAGCUUCUGCGAUUUCACCCCGAACACGUCAAAGGCCUGAUCCUCAAAGGUGACAUCCUCAUGAACCACCGCAAGGACACGCGAGGCGCCAAGGCAUGUUUCGAACGCAUCUUGAACAUGGACCCCAGCAAUGUGCAGGCCAAGCACAAUCUGUGCGUGGUGUACUUCGAAGAACGGAACCUCCCGCUUGCCGAGCACUGUCUGGUGGAGACGCUGACCAUGGCUCCGCACGAAGAGUACAUCCGACGACACCUCGCCAUUGUACGAAACAAAAUGGCCGCCAUGAGCACGGCGGGGCAACCCGUUGCACCAGCAGGAGGCGGCGGUGAGUCUGAUGAACAGCAGCGUCGAGACAAAAAGCAUGUGGAGGAAGACGAGGAAGGGCGAGGUGUUGCUUCUGGAGCAGUGGAGGGGGCCAGGAAAGAGAAGAAUUUGAGGAAAUCCUCCCCCACAGAAGGCAUCAACGGCCAGGGCCACGACCAAUCAAAGGAUCUGGAUGCGGGCCAGCCUGACAAGCAGACUAAGAGCAAAUCCACAAAAGAGAUUAAAGAUAUAGAAAAGAAAAGAGCCGCUGCCUUGAAGAGACUAGAGGAGAUUGAGCGCAUAUUAAGCACUGAUUAACCUUGUUUAUCAACCGCCAUGCUAUUUUUAUAUAACUAUUUGAAGAGCCGGAAUGAGGCCUCUGUUUUCAGAUCGAGCCCUUGUUUAUGCAUGUUUCGUUGCGCUUGUGUUAAUUUGUUUCGUGCUUCCUUCAUUGCAGGAGUUAUCUUAGUUUUCUGUGGCUUUAAUUAUGUAAAGCUGUGGACCUAAACUUAUGAACCAGGUGCGCGCUGACAACACGUGAUCUAAACUUUUAAGUUAAACCCCUACACAAAAAAUUACGAAUGCACAACAUCGGCAUCUUAAAGGGAUAGUUCACCCAAAAAAGGAAAAUUUGGUCAUUGACUUUUUUUCUUCUGCACAACACAAAAGAAGAUAUUUUGAGGAACACUGGUCCCCAUUGACUUCCAUUGUAUGGACACAAAACCACAGAGACAUUUCUCAAAAUAUUUUCUUUUGUGUUCCACAGAAGAAAGAGUCAUGUUAUGAAUGACAUGAGGAUGAAUCAACAAUGAGAUCAUUUUUAUUUUUAAAUGAACUGUCCCUUUAAUGUAAUCACGUUGUUUAUUUAUGAUUGUCUAUGUAUUAAAUCACUGGAUUAGUUUAAGUCACUUUGAUAUGUUACCACUGACAAAUUAUCAAAUGCAUUUUACCCAUAAUCACAAAAGAUGAGAAGCCAGCCCAUUUGAAAGGUCGCUGGGUUGUCCCUCUCCUCAGCAAAUUUCCUUCCGCAUGACAUCACCACACUUCCUUGUAUUUUCCACUGCCGUUUGUUCAAGUGUCAUAAUUGGUGUUAUUUCGUUCAGUCUCGACACGGGCUGGUGUCAGUGUUUAAUUAUAUCCUCUGACAUAAUCUCAAAGCCUAAAUCAGACUCACCUCGCUCCCAUCAACCCACUUCUGUUUUUUACCGCUGCGUUUUAUGAUUAUUUACAACUAUAUGCCUUCACUCCAGGAUGUGCCAUAUGGUUUUUAUAGCGUUGGGGCUCUCGCCUGAUUCGCUGAUUUCACAGCCAGGUCAUGCAGAAACAGACUUUUCUUUUUAUUUGGGAAUUUUAUAAUCAAGCAUUAAACAUUAUUUGAAACCGUAAUUGAAUAAGAAGAACAUCGCUGUGCUCAACAGUUCUGAGGAUUCUUUUAACAUUUGUAUUCGGUCAGAGAGAAUCAAUGGAAGAAAUCUCAUUUACUGACGUGUGUUGCUUUGAAUAUAGUAAUUCACUGCAGACGAAGUGCGAAGAGUUGCGCACGCAGACUUGUUGGGUGGAUUCUUUCCUGUGGUGUUCAAACGGUCAUGCGCUAUAGCAGGAAUGCAUGAGACACACUGGCAAACAUUGUUGCUGUUUUACCGUUUACUUUUGAAGGUUGACCCUAAAAAUACCAUCCCCUCCGACCUCUCUGAAGAUCUUCACUGGGUCAAAAAGUCCUCGAAGCCUUUGCAUUUCCAUACAUUUUCCAACGCACGUUAUUAACACUAAUGCAUACUUUGCGCUGGCUUUCUCUGGCUUUUGUUGCAUUAAACCACUACAGAUAAUAAAGCCACUUGAAGUAGCAUUAACCAUUGCAUUUUAUUUUACCAAGUUUCACGUUGUUCACAGUAUUACAAGCUGUUUCGUUAGAGCCAUCGAGCUGUGUUUUUCAUAACACUUGUGUAAGAAACCUGAAUAGGCACAGAUUACCGUCACCUGUAUGAUCUUUUGUUAUUGGCAGCAUCUGCGCAUCUGCCUCUUGUUGAUUUUAUUGUUGGUUUGAUAGUUUGAAGGCAGAUUUACUCUGUUGUAUCGUUUAUUCAUGUUUGGUAUUCUCUCUUUUUUAAGAUUGUUCACUCACUUAAAGCUCGUAUUUAAUGUGUCAGUAUUUCAAAUCCCCCCUCUGCUGGAAACGUUGUCAGGUUUACGUUUUAUAACGUAAAAGUUCCAGCGCACGACUCCCCGACCGCUCAUUUGUAAAAGUUGAUGUGGUUUUACUUCUUUGAUUUACAGUGUUCACGUCUUCUUUGUUUGAAUGAAUGUCUCGAGUACCGAGUGGUGGCAGGCCUAGGGUUUUUCAAUAAAGCUGGAUUCCAACAGGAA